ACUACGGCUCCCGGCAUGCAGCCCGGUGGCCAUCGCCCCUGCGGGGUCGGUGCCGUUCGGGUGCCGGGUUUUUGGGGGGCCUGCUGGCGGCGGCACGGCUCGCCGGGGGGGCUCGGCCACAGGGAGCGAGGCGGCGCUUUGGUUUCGCUGCUGGGGUUUGUCCUGGCAGCUGCCUCACAGCUGAGCGAAGCGCCCAGGCCGUGUGCGCUGCUGCCGGUACGUGCCGAGCUUUCCCCGUCCCUGCGUCCCCCCGGUCCCUCGGCGUUUUCAGGUCUUGCUCCCUCCUGGGCUUGAGGAGAGGGGAGGAAGCUCCCUCCCCGGGUUCAGCUGGCCUCCGAGGGCGGGGAGGCACAUCUGCACUGCUGUCUUCCUCCUUUUUGUCCAGCACCAGCGUCUAGUCCUGGCAUGUCUCUGCAUAGCAAAGGGCAGAGACACCCAGGCUUGAUUUUUUUUAAUUUUUUUUCAGGUUUUCCUCCUGAUCCUGAGGAUGGUUUCAGGGGUUGGGCAGUGAUCUGGCGGCUGAAAGUUGGUUUUCCUAGACUCCUGACGCUUCCCCAGCCCGGUACCUGCCCUUACUGCUCCGUGCCUGCCCGUGCUUGUCCCCUUUCGGUGCUAGGUCUGGUGGCAUCAUCACGCACAGUGUGGAAACCCACAGUGCCUGGGGGGCAGGAUGCUUUCUGGGUACAGAGCGAGGAAACGUGUCAUCCCUAUGCAUGUGGCAGCGGAGGUAAAGGGAAGAUACAAAGCUGUACGGGUUAGGAAAAUGGUGUUCUGGUGUUCUGAGAGGACUGUCAGCAUGGCUGCGAUCGAGUUAUCGGAGACUUCCCUGGCUGGAGGAAUUAAUGAGUCAGGUUUGAAGCAGGACAUGUGUGAAGGGCAACGCGGGCGAGAUCCCAGAGGGAGUCAUUUGUACGCUAGCAGAUGGCUCGUGGAGGAUGUCGUGGGUGAUUCUGCAGCGAAAAUCUCCUGGAGGUUUUGCCUGGUCCCUUUCCAUCUCACACCACAGCUGGGACCCCCUCCCUCCAGUGGGUCGCGUGGGUCCCUGCACCCGGGUAACAGCUGCGUGUUUCUGGUCUGCUCUCCUGUUUGCAGCACCUGGCAGCUCUGCUUCCCGGGGCAGUCUUCUCUGAGCAGCUCUUCGUUUGUUUUUCCAUUUCUCUUGUGCUCACAGGUAAGCGAGCCAGGUUGCUGUAACCUCCAGAAAACCUGGCCUCAAAACGUUUGAGGUUUGCUCUGAAAACUAUUUUAUUUAACUGGGAAGCUGCCUUGCACACAUCUUUGUCCUCUCUUUGCUCCUCUCCUUCGUGGUCUCCUUUUCUUGGCCUCUCCAGUGCUUAGCAGAUGAUUAAUUUUCCCCGUUUCUGUCGCUAUCCCCAGCUGAUUGUGAACCCUGUGAUAACAGCAGCCGAGCUCGCGUGCUCUGCAUCUCAGAGCUGCAGGACAGGCCGGUGGUCUGCAGCCAGGGCCGCCUGCCUGGUGGCCUGGACCACCCCCAGCCGAGCAGUGCGGUGGCAGAACAGCACUUGGAUGGAAGCCUGCGGAGAAGUCCUGUGUGCUGCAAGAAGUACAGUCAGCGAUUCAGCUGGAAGUGCUUUUAAUAAUGAACCCAUGUCCCGGGCCCGGGCUGAUGCCAACACUGUGAUUGUUGUUGGAGGUUAACAGAGACGCAAAGCCCUUUGUGCAGGAGCUGAAGUGAUAAUCCACAUCUCCUGGCCUCAGCCCACGGGGGGGUGAUCGCUGCCUUCCUGGGAAGGGUUUCUGCCAGUCCCUAUCGGAUGGAUCGCCCUCGCUUCCUGUGCCACGGCAGCAUGUGACCCAACGGAGCCAAAACCAGCAGCCCCAAGACCACGCUGCGGGUGCUGAGAGCUGCCUUUCCUGUCUGCUUCAGCCCAGUGCCCAGGCAUCAAAGCAGCAGUGCUGGUGGAUCGUGACCACAACAGAGCUGUGUUGCAUCUGCAAAUCUACUUCACACAUCAAGGGUGCCUCUGAGCAGAGCUACUGUGGAGACUGAAGAGCUGGAGAGGACGGCGCAAAGGUUCGGAGGCACACCGUGAUGGUGGGAGCCAUUCCACGGCAGCCACGCCGCUUCUGGGGGGUGCCUGGCUGGCAGGUGUCUUCAGCGAGCUGUGCCAACGACAGCCCACGGCGGGACGGGGAGGUUGAUCCGGAGCACGGUGGGGUUCUGCUGCAGAGGGAUGCUGCGCUGCAGCACACCCCGUAACGGGGGGCUCACUCGGACGUCCUGAGGGAGAGGGUCCAGCUCCUGCCUCUGCCCUCCCACCAUCACCUGUGGCACUUUACAGUCCCCCUCCUGCUGCUGCAUGGGCUGUCCUGGCUCCAGCUCCUCGUGGGGCCCAGCCAAGUGAGGCUCCAUGCGGCACAUCCACGCGGAGACGUCCCUGCCCCCGGAGCCCAGCGCGGACUCCGGCCUGCCCCGACCCAGCGGAGAGGCGGCCUUGGAGCCUUCCUCGCAGCGCUGCACCCACCGCGGCAUCCUCAUGGGCUACAACGAGACGGAGAUCAAGCGCCAGAAGGUUUACCAGGUCUCCAUCUUCUCCCAUCUCUCCAGCUCCAACGAGAGCACGGAGCAGCGGGCAGGCAGCCGGCCGGCUGUCAAGAGGGGCUACCCCGAGCAGCGAACUCCGGAGGGGGUGCGGGAUCCCAAACGAACUCACUGGGGUGGCGGGGGGGUGGAUGGCAAGUGCGACAGGGGCCCCGGGCCGGCUGCCCUGGAGGAUGACGAUACCUUCGAGGACGGUCUGCUGGUGGAGGAGCUCUCCCUGUGCGGCUCUGCCCAGCACUUCUCCCAUAGCGGGCUGCGGGUGGUGGAGCACCGGUGCGAGGGCAGCCCCAGCCGCAGCCCCAAGGCCAGCAGAGAGGACAAGCCGCAGGAUGCCUCCUCCUCCUCCAGGCCUCAGCACAUCGCUUGCAGUACUUUGCACACGAGAGAUGGUUGUCCCGUCCCGCCGGGGGAUCAGCCCGCGGACUGCGGGGAGAACGGGGAGCGGGCGAGUGGCCACAACCUACUUGACCUUGAUUUGCACAAUAUUGCACAAACGUCCCAGCUGGACUCUGGUGGGAGGAGAGAAAAGCCAGGGAGCAGCCCUGCUCAGAGCAGCAGGGCUAGCGGAGGAGAGGAAUGGCCAGUGGCGGCCAACGGGUGCAAGGAGCCCCCGGCUCCACAGACAGUGCUCAGCCCCGAGCCUGGCAGCCUGAGCUCCCCGGAGAAGACGCCUUGCGGGAGCAGCCGGGUCAGCGGCAGCAGCUGCCCGGCCAAAAGGAAGCUGCUGCCCGCUGGUGAGGUUGUGGCCGACUCCUGCUCCGAGGACGAGAGCCUGUCCUCACCGGCGAGGAAGAAGAGGGCCCUGCCUUGCCACCCGGUGCCCACAUCCUGCCGCAGCACCGACGCCAAGGGGGCCCCUUUCUGGAAUCACCUGCUCCCUGCCGCCAAGAGCUCUGCAGAUUGCACUGCGGUCGGGAGGAGGCUGAAGAGCGGGCUGCGCCUCAAAUCGCGACAUCUCCGGAGCAGCCUCCGGAGGGGAACCCGCUCCUCUGCAGCACCCUGGGCCACCACCACCGUCAGCCAUGCUCUGCUGGGCAACUUUGAGGAGUCCAUCCUGAAGGGGCGCUUUGCACCGUCAGGACGCAUCGAGGGGUUCACAGCAGAGAUUGGUGCCAGCGGCUCCUACUGCCCCCAGCAUGCCACUCUGCCUGUGGACGUCACCUACUUUGACAUCUCUGAACACAGCGCGCCCUCACCUUUCCUGGGAGUGAUUGACUUGGAGGCCUUGGGAAAGAAGGGUUACAGUGUCCCCAAAGCUGGAACCAUCCAAGUGACCUUAUUUAACCCCAACAAGACUGUGGUGAAGAUGUUCUUGGUGACGUACGACUUCCAGGACAUGCCGGCCAACCACAUGACCUUCCUGCGCCACCGCAUCUUCCUGGUGCCUGUGGGGGAGGAAGAAGGGGCCACUGUGGCCCCCAGCGAGCCACCGGGCACCAGCCCGCCCCGCAGGGUCCUCUGCUACCUGAUGCACCUGAGGUUUCACAGCUCCAAGUCGGGGAAGAUCUACCUUCACGACGACAUCCGGCUGCUUUUCUCCCGCAAGUCGAUUGAGGUCGACUCGGGGAUCCCCUACGAACUGAAAUCUUUCACGGAGAUGCCAAGGAACCCCUGCUACUCGCCCUGGGCCUGACCUUCUCUCUCGCCCCGGGGCUGCCAGCCCGGUGCUUCGGGGAGAGAUGAGUAAAGGAGAGAUGAAGCGCUGCCACCUCCAAGUGUCACCCUCCUCACCCACCCUGAUGUCGUGGCUGUGCCCCCCGCCAUCACCGAAGGGGCUUGACGAGGAGGGACGGGGACAGCCCCGGCACCCCAGGGACGUGCCCAGGGCUUUCGCCGGUGCUGCUCCGAGCUGGGAGGCACGGCUGGAGGCGAGGGGGGAGGCUGCCUGUGCCCGUCCCUGGGGCACGAGCGGAAAGCGUGGAAAGUUUGUAUUUAUUAGUAUUUAUUGUCACUGGGGGGGGUGGAGGAUCGAGGGCGCUGCUCUUCCCCUACAGGUGUGGGAUGAGGACCCGAACAGCGGGGGCUGCACCCCCAGCCCCAUGGGGCUGCCAGGGGACAGCGGGGGUGGCCGUGUCCCCCUGUGGAGGGAGCGGGCGGCCGAGUUGUCAGCGGGGGGGGGACUCUGUUAAAAGCUGGGGGGCUCUGUUAAAAGCCAGUGGCGAGGCUGAGACUCGCUGGGCGCCAUCUCGGUGGUGGCUGAAACAUCGGGGGGUGCGUGCUGGUGAAUCCCCUCACCCCUGCGGCUGGGGAAUGACAGAGGAAGGGGGCCAGACCCGGGCCAGCCUGGAGCAAGGGAGCCCCGCGGGUCGCAGUGUGUGUGGGGAGAUAAAUUUGGGGUGGGGGGAGAGACCGGGGGGGGUGGGCCGCCUCAGCAGCGAGCUGUCCCCCUGCCGGAGCGCCGCACCGGUACUUCUGUGUUGGGUUUUAUUUAAUAAACGUUUGGAGACCGAG